UCCACUCUGGCCGAGGGCUCCGCUCCUCCCAGCCCGAGCCGCCCCAGAAGACGCCCACCGCCUCCAGCUAUGGCCCGCUCCCGCGCCCACCUCGCGGCCGCCGCCGUCCUGGCGCUCGGCCUCGCGUCCGCCCGCUCGUUGCUCUUCGUGGUGUCGGCGCGGCCCACGGUCGCGAGGCGCUCGGCGGUGGCCCUCCGCGCGAAGGUCUGGAACCCGCAGACGAUGUCGUUCGAGGAGACGGGCUCCGCGUGGGAGAAUCCCACAGUGGAGGGCAUGUCCAGCGCCAUGGGCUUGUACUUCCCGGAGAUGAAGCCAGAGAAGCCCAAGAAGGGAUACUACUACAACCGGGCGUGGAAGAAGGUCGAGGCCAACGGGCCGAACGACCCCACCACGGCUGGGCUCCCGGGCUGGGACAUCGAGACGAACAUCGCGGGCGAGCGAAGCUUCGAGCAGGAGCAGACCUACGGCUGGAACAUCGGCCCAGGCACCGACAACGUGGACGAGCGCCCCGUCAGGUAG